AUGGAAGCUGCGGCGAAGACAGUCGAGCUGUUGACGCAGCGCACAUUACCUGAGACGCCCUACUAUCUCUCCAACCAUCCCGAGUGGCGAUACCGCCCACGACCCGACGACCAUUUACGCCCAGAAGAGUGGCGCAGCACGCGCCUCCAGUACUCGACCUUGCUUGCCGAGGCCGACCGCGGCGUCCUCCUCACCCGUCCCGACUACGAUAUGCGUGAGGAACCUCCCAAGCCAGUCUCGCGAGACGUGAACGCGCUCUCCAAGGCUGGCGGCGAAAAGAAGAAGCUGUCACUGAGCGACUACAAGAACAAAAAGACUGCCGCCACCUCACCCUCGGAGCCGGCCGUCUCCAAGCUUCGAGAACCCGAACGCGCUGGCGCAUCUGCAUCAAGGCCCCUGGCUGGUUCUGGGGCACACCCUUCUGAUGCUCGCGCCAAUGCCGAUUCUAAAAGAGCGCCUGAUGCGCGGCCUAGCGAUGCGCGAAAGGACCGCCCCAGGGAUUCGAUCGAUGGAAAGCUACGUCCUAAAGAUUACGGAGCGGAUACGAGCCUACCACUACCGUCGACCUUGCCACCAAAGCCACCGCUCAAAAACUACCCCCUCCCACCUCGGCCACCAUCACCUGCUGCCAAGAAGCGCGUUGCAGACCACGACGACGAAGCUCGACCACAAAAGCGGAGCCGGUCCGAGAACACACGACCAAAUGACGACCGCCCGUCUCCCCGUGAUGAGCCCGUGCGACGAAGGGACUCGUCGCUGCAUGGCACUGGCCGUAGAGACUCUCCGAUACUGAAUGGCAAGAGCGCUCUUCAAGGUGCAUCAGUCCUGGGUAGAGCCCCCCCCCCUGCAAAUCGUCCUCGCGGCAAUUCGGUCAACGGGCAUACCGGCACACUUGGUAAAACUACCCCCAAACAAGACAGUCCUAAAAAGGCUGUUGUUCCGCCACUGUUAUCACCACUGCAUUUAGGUCCAGGCUUCGAGGAAGAUGCACCGCCGAAGCAAGACAGAAGAAGGCCCAAUAAUACACCACCACGGUCUAAGAAACCAGAUCACGCUAUAGAGGAAAAGAAGCGCAAGCCCGUGGUUACCCUGCCGUCGCUGAUCUCACCAACACUCCCGCCAAUAAUAGAAGCGGCCCUCCUAUGCAUGCAGCAGGGCUCACCCGAACCAGACGAGCGGCCCAAGCAAAAGAAGGAUCCUGUGUCCAAGCACAAGAAGAACCUCUCUACAGACGAUAGCUUGGAUGAGGCGCCCGUGAAACCUCGGCGUUUGCUAGUCAAACUGAAGAUUUCUCAAGGGCUCCUACGCAAGUCGUUUCGCCGUAUCAUGGGCCCGCCAGUCGCAACUCCACCGAACCGCGACCGGGAGCCUUCUUCAGAGGAAGACCGAACGUCUGCCCGCAAGCGUCCCGUUGCCGCACUUGAGCCUGACUCGGCGACGGGUCAACAGGCGAGGUCUUCCGACGUCCCGCCUGCGCUUCGUAGACCUACAACGCCUCCGCGAAAGGGCCAAACCGCCAUGUCCCGGGUCAACUCGAGCAACUCAGCCGCACACACGCCGGGUGAGUCGAUGAGAAGGACACCGUCGGCUGCUACUACCGGCGACAAGCAGCCCAACGGCAUUGCCUCGGGGAAGACAGAGCUCACGGUACUACAAGAGAAAGAAGCGCGCAUGAGGAAAAUGGGAAUUGCACUCAAACAUGCCGCCGACAGUGCCCUCUUCAAAGGUCGUCGGAGCCCCUCUGCCUCCAACAGCAAGUCCAGUCAGCCCCGGGCCGCCAGUAACGAAUCUGUUGACCCCCAGUCCACACAAAUAGGCCUCGUUCUCGGCCUCGAGUGCAUGCUGUGCUUCAUGCAAGCGUUUCAGACGCAGGAUGCGAUCCGCUCGAUGCUCAACAAGCCGCCCGACGGCAAAGCAUGGCCGAGCCUGAUUCCGGUCGCGAGCUUCUUCCUCCGGGAGCCCAACUGGCCGAAGCACAACCAGGCCGCCCACGGGCUGCUCCUACUGCUGCUGUCCUUUGUCGCCGACGGAGCCAUUCGGUCCGACGUGGCGCUUGAGCCUGGCCCCGAGACGGCACGCGCGCUCUUCGAGCACGAGCAGCUACGCACCGGCACGCUCCUCCAGUUGCGCGACGUCUACACGCUCGUCGAUCAACCGCGUCUGCGCGCCACCGAAAUCACCCCCUGGGCCACCAUUGACGACGUCACCCACACGGCGCUCCGCAUCAUGAAGCGGUGGUGCGCCGGUCAGGGCAUUAGCUGGACCACGGGACUGACCCCUGGCGACUACGGGCGCGAGGAAGAGAGCCAAGUCUCAGCCGAGGCCGCAGAACAACAUUGA